AUGUAUACAAAAACUAAGACACCUACACAAAGGUCACGUACACAAAGGUCACGUGCACAAAUGUCACGUGCACAAAAGGUCACGUACACAAAAGGUCACAUACACAAAGGUCACGUACACAAAGGUCACGUACACAAAGGUCACGUACACAAAAGUCACGUACACAAAAGGUCACGUACACAAAGGUCACAUACACAAAGGUCACGUACACAAAGGUCACGUACACAAAAGUCACGUACACAAAAGGUCACGAACACAAAGGUCACGUACACAAAAGUCACGUACACAAAAGGUCACGAACACAAAGGUCAUAUACACAAAGGUCACGUACACAAAAGGUCACGUACACAAAGGUCACGUACACAAAAGUCACGUACACAAAAGGUCACGAACACAAAGGUCAUAUACACAAAGGUCACGUACACAAGUCACGUACACAAAAGGUCACGAACACAAAGGUCAUAUACACAAAGGUCACGUACACAAAAGUCACGUACACAAAGGUCACGUACACAAAAGUCACGUACACAAAGGUCACGUACACAAAAGUCACGUACACAAAAGUCACGUACACAAAAGUCACGUACACAAAGGUCACGUACACAAAAGGUCACGAACACAAAGGUCAUAUACACAAAGGUCACGUACACAAAAGUCACGUACACAAAAGUCACGUACACAAAGGUCACGUACACAAAGGUCACGUACACAAAAGUCACGUACACAAAAGUCACGUACACAAAGGUCACGUACACAAAAGUCACGUACACAAAAGUCACGUACACAAAGGUCACGUACACAAAGGUCACGUACACAAAAGUCACGUACACAAAAGUCACGUACACAAAGGUCACGUACACAAAAGUCACGUACACAAAAGUCACGUACACAAAGGUCACGUACACAAAGGUCACGUACACAAAAGUCACGUACACAAAAGUCACGUACACAAAGGUCACGUACACAAAGGUCACGUACACAAGUCACGUACACAAAAGUCACGUACACAAAGGUCACGUACACAAAAGUCACGUACACAAAGGUCACGUGCACAAAGGUCACGUGCACAAAGGUCACGUACACAAAAGUCACGUACACAAAAGGUCACGUGCACAAAGGUCACGUGCACAAAGGUCACGUACACAAAGGUCACGUGCACAAAGGUCACGUGCACAAAGGUCACGUGCACAAAGGUCACGUACACAAAGGUCACGUACACAAAGGUCACGUACACAAAGGUCACAAAGCACCUUAUAA